AUGGAAGGACAACGAUCGGAUCGCACUUCGGAAGCGUGGAAAGCGUUCGGGAGUGACACUGAGGCAGGGCGGCUGCUGAAGAAGCUCUAUUGCGGCACAAACAAACCAAAAGUUUUGUAUCCAAAACCAAAACAAAAAAAAACGCGAGAGAUAACGGUGCCAUUUAUUCCUGGUGGUGCAGUGGCAGGUGCCAGUGACUCAAGAACGCAUCAACUGGCGGCAAACACUUCGAGUCGAGCAAUAAAGACUCCUAUAACCACUGCAGCCCCUACUAUGCACCCGAUCGAUCGUCUCACGACACACAAAAAACCGCUAUAUAAAAUUGAGAAGGAGGUUAGCGAGAUUAAAAGGCAGAUAGAGGCACCCCGCAUGAGCUGCCUCAGACGCGCCCCAAAUCAGGAGAAAGAAAAACUUCAACAAGCUUUCUCCUACGCUGCCGGAAGCAUAUUGCCCCGCGAUCUCAUGCCCGGAUCUGAUCAACUUGACCGAGAACUCGCACAUGCUGCUGGUCUGCGUAACGGAAGAUCCCCUAAAGAUUAUCUAACACAGCUUGAAGAGAUAUACGAUGCGGUUCUUCAAGAAGUUGAUUCACGGAAGAGCUUCAUAUCCGAGAUGAUCGCUUUGGGAAAAUAUAAAGAGACUGCUCUUGUCGAACGCGAAAUUUUGGACCGAACAACUGAGCUGCGCAAAAUACAUGCGCUCAUUAAUAAGGAGAAACAGCUAAGCAGUAACAAUGACGGCCAUUAG